CAGAAGGUGUGUCCUCGAGCUUUCUGAGUAUAAUAACACCAGUGGAAACUCUUCACCGCGAAAGAAGGGAAAGAAAGAGAGAGAGAGAGCAGUAUUGUUGAAGUGAAACCCAGCACAUUUUUGAAUGAGGAUGACCGGCAGACUGUUCCUCCUCACUCUCUCUAUUCUUUCUGGCCCGCUGAGCUGCUAUGGCUUCAAAAUUUGUGCCUUUAAUGUUAAGAGUUUUGGCGAUUCAAAAUCAGCCGAUGCCAAAAUCAUGAAUUCUAUAUCACGGAUUGUAUCUCGCUGUGACAUAUGUUUGCUCCAGGAGGUCAGAGAUCAGAAAAAUAAAACCAUCCCGCGCUUGCUUGCUACACUCAACAGACUUAAUGAUAAUGAUUAUGACUCAAUGGCAAGUGAACGUCUCGGGAGAACACAAACCUAUCAGGAGCAAUACGUUUUUGUUUAUAGGAAAAGCAAAGCGAAGCUGAGAAACCAGUAUCAGUAUCCAGAUACACAAAAAGGGGAUGUAGAUGCUUUCUCCAGAGAACCCUUUGUGGUACAUUUCCAAGCCCCUAAAACAGUGGCCAAGGAGUUUGUCUUGAUCCCACAGCACACCACUCCUUCAAAUGCCACCAAAGAGAUUGACGAACUCUAUGAUGUCUUUGUGGACAUUAGAGCACGUUGGAAAAUUGAGAAUGUGAUGUUCCUUGGGGACUUCAAUGCAGCUUGUGGUUAUGUGGCUAAAAAGAACCGUAAGAACAUCAGACUCUUCUCUGACCCGUCUUUCAUCUGGCUGAUUCAGGAUAACGUGGACACUACAGUGAAAGAGUCGACUGACUGUGCAUAUGACCGAAUUGUUGUGCACGGAGAGCCAUUUCUCAGAACAAUCGAACCGUUAUCAGCACGGCCAUUCAAUUUUCCCAAGGAAUUCCAACUUACAGAGGCAGAGGCUCUAGAAGUGAGCGAUCACUACCCCAUUGAGGUGGUACUCAAAACUCAGAAGUCAGGGUUCUUCGCAGGAAACAGCAAAGCUUCGUGUCUUCUGCCUACAGCGUUUAUCCUGAACAUCCUACUGCUACUGCAGAUGAUCAUAUGAACACAAAUGGACCAGAAGUGGAUUAUUCUUCUCAAAAGAAUCCACAGAAAACUAUAGUGGCAAUAACCCCCUAAUUUGGUUGGUUUUCAUUACUGAAAGAUCUUCAGAACUACAUUUUAAAAUGACUUAGCCGAGUAUACUCUUAAGAUGUACAGAAUUAGCAAAGUCAUGCUUGAAGCCAUGUGGCAAAACAGGAAAGCAUCCUGCAGAAUGUUAUGGUCUGAUAAGACUGAAGUUGAGCUUUGCCCUCGAGGCAAAACAAUGACGGUCAAAUGCCCAAGAAAUGCCACUAGGAGGAACUAAAAAAAA